AUGAUCCCUCUCCGAUAUGAACUACUAAGAGCCCGGCCAUAUCACCGUCACGAAGUGGAAGAUGCGUCAUAUUUCCCUGCUCUACUGGAGCGAAAGCUGCAGUUAGGUGCCUCGCAAUUUCAGACACGACCAGUGCCUGUUAUUCGUCUCGAGAGUCCAUCUCCAGGUUCGACGAUGCCGCGCACCUUGGAACAAGCUACGGACGACCUGGUAAAAUAUAUCGAUACUCACGAGGAGCAAAUCUCAGAUGUCAUUGCUGAUCUAAGGCAAUGCGACACGAGCACGUGCACCGUUGCAUCUAUAGUUAAAUAUACGUUCAAAGUUUCGAACAACUUCAUUUUCAUGAAGAAACUGGAUGGUCGGGUUAAAUUCAUCGGUUUCUUUACACCAAAUGACGAGCAAGUAAUUGGGCCAAACGACAGUGGGAAAACCAUUGUCGAACUGGGCUGCCGUCAGCGUGCCGGCAUCUUACUCAACUGUGAUGCCUUUGAGAAACUUCUACAAGUCAUGGAUGCAUGCAAAGCGUUGGAUAUAAUCAUCUCCUCAGUACUUCACCAACUCAUCCACGCAUACUUCAUAGUAACUUGUGGGGUUCAAAGCGAAGAAAAAAAGGCCAAUGCGCUUCUCACGCACGAAGAACAUUUUGGCAUUAUCCUGUACAAAAUCAAAGCGCGCUCCUCCUCGAAGGAUGGGCCUCUGCCUCUCGAUUUUGGAAAUAUAAUGCCGGACGUUGAGAAGUAUUUCGGGGGAACAGAUAGAGCAUUUGACGGUUGUAGACCGACGAUACGCAGCUCAUUGUGGGUUGAUAGUCGCAAGUUAAGCACGGAAUGUGCACGCAAAGUCAAACAACUUAAAGAGGAGGAAUGCAUGGAUUGGUACAAGAAUAAGUGCAUCAAGACCCUGGAUCCGGAUAUCUAUGUUUACAGCCUCAAUUCUAACACGUUUGAAGCGAAGCCUCUCUCCAAGUGUGGCCCCAAAAGCGAAUGGAUAGAGCUGUCUCACAAGAAGAUGGCGUAUAAAGUUCCGCGCAAAGCUUUCGAGAACUAUCCUAGCUUCAAGAAGAAGUUUGAAGAUUCGAUCCGCAAGCUGGAAGUUUCGUCCGAUGUCAAGAAAGAGACAGUAGAGGAGUUUUUGCGCUGGUUGUGCGAAGAGAAUGAAGAUUACUUCAAGCCCAGCUUACACGUCUGCAUCGCGGUGUAUAAGCUGGCGCUGAGCUUGCACUUCGAGGAACUCAAAGAUUUCAUGCUUGAUCAGAUCUAUCGCAGCCCGCCCGUACAUCCCACACCAGAUUCUAUCCUCGAGGUUAUUCGUGCGGUUUAUGGGAUGCCCACGCCACCUGAUCGGAAUUUGAGAACUUGGGUAGAAGGAUUCGUGAAGUCCAUGGGAAGCGUGGCCGUAAAGACGGCAACAACGGAUCCCAGACUCAGCCGCUUGCGAUCCACAAGCGGAGCCUUCAGACAAGAUCUUGACAAGGUCGCACGUGAGGUUGGGCCGAACAGCAUCGCCAAUGCCGAUGCUGUGUACACAGCAGGCAUGAGUGGGAACGUGACUACUACUUCAAGUGGCACGAUCAGCUCCUACACUGUCAGCCCGCCUCCGACCAUAGUCCAGAGCCCUCCUGUGCAGGUCACAACAACGGCCACACAGUUGCCUUCGCCGUAUGGAGCGAGUCUGAUAUAUCAUCAAUUACCAUGCCCCACCACUGUCAGCCCGGUCUACCCAACUGGCUGGAGUCCCCCAACAACCAGGCGUGGCUGGAGAGAACCAGUAUUUGUUAAGACCGCACCCGUGGCAGAACCAGUGUCACACCCACGGUGGCAUUCACGCUGGAACGCAAGCCUUGGUUAACUUUUGAAACAAAAAAGAAACUUCUCUCUCUGGUCAUCACAAUCUGGGCAGCAGUACCGCUUUGAAUGUUUGCUUCAAAUACAUGGUUCGUGUCGCUCGUAUUUGCCAGUGUCGCCACAGCAACAACUUUCGGAUGGAUCUUGCACUUACUGUCACUCCGCGUCAUCUUUGCUCUUAUUGCACGGCAAGCUAUAUUUCGAAUGGAACUACUAAAAACUUACCUUGG